AUGUUGAAGUACGUCGGUGUGAGUGUUUCUCGUUCUGCGAUCGGAGUAAGAAGUAGUACGCGAUGCCUUUCGCUGGUUCGAGGUUUCCACUGUACUGCGCCCUCCAACGCAUCCGCAUCGGAUUCACCUGAGCAACGCCGCGAGCAGCGAAUGCGGAAGAUUAUCUCAAAGUCGAAGCUGAUGACCCGGUUGAGCACCCACCCACGGUUCGAGAAGUAUUUUGCUCGUUUAUCCGAGUCCGGCACAAUCCCGACAGUGACGUCCUUCUUCAUCCUCCACGAGAUCACCGCAAUAGUACCACUUUUCGCACCAUGGUACCUUUUCUACACGUUCCCCUUGAUGGAGAACUGGGACUUGUCCCAAUACGAACUGCUCUCUCGUUGCAACGAUGCCAUAGAAAGACUCGUCGGCGACAGAUACGGGCAAUUCGAAAAACACCGCCUCAUCCUUACGGGCGCCGUCGCUUACUCCCUGGUGAAACUGCUCGGCCCAGUCCGCAUAUUUAUCAGCCUGUGGGGGGCACCGUACAUGGGGAGAUACCUCACGAUGCCCUUCCAGAAACUCGCUUCCGCCCGAAGGAAAUAA